AUGAACACCCCACAGUUUACGUUCAUCACGACAAGCCAUCCGGCUGAAUUCAAGCAUGAAGAAAACUCUAAGAAAGUACGAUCAACGGCGAUGAAAUACCACCGGCAGAUGGAAAGCCUAGGUUUGACGGACAAGCCUGCCCGAUCCACUUCACGGAAAUCCACGACUGGAAUUGUCAGCCCGCCCAGUGUGCCAUCAGAGAAAGAGGAUAUAUUUUACUACGAGAGACUUGAGGAGAAUGAGUUGUAUCUGGAUCUGUCCCCAUCAACCAUACCACUGUUGCCCAGCAGUGCGCCUGCCGUGCAAUCCAUCGUCCAAACGGCGCUGUAUGACACCGUAGCCAGCCAGAGCUUGCCUCAGACUUCGAUGUCUAGAGUCACAGAGUACCAAGCAACUUCGGGACACUCGAGCUUCAUGUUGGACAUGCUGUUGGAUGACUUCGCCACCAAUCAACCUAGAGAGUAUCUGAUUGAUAAUGGCCAGACUGUCAUGCUUCCGAUGGUUGCCGACACUGAACAGAGUGCAGAGCACCUUCUGUCGCUAUUGAUGCAAGAGUUUACGACGACUUCAAUGCUCAGGAAAUGGUUCCCAGCGAUGCGUCUGAAUCGAGAUCUGAUCUCAAGCGCAACUGUCCUUGCCGCAGCCUGGGACGACACGAAACGCAAUCUUCCAGGUGAUAGCGAUCGCACUGUUCUCCUCAAGCAGGGAGCGACCGCAAUGUUCGCUCGUAGACAGAGCGAUCCAAACACUCAUCUGGAUGACUCAACCAUAACCAUCAUGCUUCACUUGAUGUCUGCAGAGAUGUGGAGCUAUGACGAUUCGAUACUUAAAUUCUAUGAGGCGGGAAUCGUCAGUGCCAUCGUUACCAGCGGCGGCAUGCACAAAUUGCAAGAUGUUGCUGUUGCAGAAUUCGCUGCGGCAUACUGCUACCAUUCAGCAAUCACUCGGGAAGCGACACAAUACGCUGUAUUCCAACAGUGGAUGCCGCAGGACCUGGACAUAGGCGCUAUGAUUCCUUUACCAGAGUCGCCACUCUUCGAUCCCACCGGCAAGUUUGCGACCCUAGCCAGAAUCUCGUGUUCGUCAGAAACUCGGGACAUAAUCUUCCAGAUGCGUCACUUGACGGACGUAUUCAUCGAAACGGAGGUUCAAGGCCAUUCAAGGUCGAACGACUGGGUCUACGAAGCGUGCCGCAUAGCUGCUGUGAUUUACACGAACGCGAUCAAGAAUCUGUCGAAGAUUGGCGACUACGAUCCGUCUAUUUCCGCAGGUUGCUGCUCGUCUCGCGGCGAUACUGCUCCGUCACCCACAAAAUCGCUCCCAGAGCAACUCUUUGAAGCUUUACAAAAAACCGAUCUCGCCGGCAUCUGGCAGGACAUGGCCGGUGUGCUCUAUUGGGUGUGCGUUGUCGGUGCCGCAGCUGCUCAUACACUAGCCGCCGCCGCCGCCAACAAUGCAUCGCCCUCCAUGGAAUACAACCCCCAACAGUCGUAUCCGGUUUGGGUGCGGCGGAACCUUGACAUGCACGCGUUCCGUACAAUGGCGAUUCUCGUGCCGCAGCAUCCGACGCCGAUCAUCAUAGCACAAAAGAAGCUGUACAGAGUUCAAGAGGUCAUACGAGAGGCAGCCGCACCGGGCCGCGCAUGA